AUGGUACGUGUAUCACCGUCCCAUAAGACCGUGAUACUCCAUUACCACCGUCAUCGCGGUCUUGGAGCAAGGGCCAUCGAGUCUGAAUUCAAGCGAGCUCGACCACCGAUCCAGAUUAACCUUUCCCAAAUCAAGAAAGUGCUUCUAACGUUCAAAAAGAACCGGCAUCUUGGAAGGAAACAGGGAAGCGGUCGUCCUCGACGCCUAACCGACGUCGUGAAGCAGGACAUCGCCGACCUCAUCAUUAGUGAUGACGACGAGCCUGUACGCAGCAAGUCUCCACGUUUGGGGAGCCGUAUCGGCUCGUGGCAAGCUAGCCCUUUACAUUUUCCGACCGCCGGGAAUGUCGAUGGGCCUCUGUACCGACAACUCAUCCGCACUCACGCGUUGCCGGAGAUCGGGCGGCUGUACCCAAAUGGAGACGCCGUUUUUGUCCAGGACUGGGCUCCAGCGCACGGGGCUCGCGAUACGUUGGCUCUGUUCGCUAAUCGCAACCUCGACUUCUUGGACCGGGCCACAUACCCGCCAAAAUCGCCGGAUUUGAACGUCCUCGACUACCGCAUCUGGGCGUGUAUGCAGGAUCGAGUCAGCGCCGACAAGCCGACAACGCUGCCCGAUCUGGAGCGUUCCAUUCUGCAUCAUUGGAACAGUUUGCCGCUCGCCCUCGUCCAGCGCUGGAUUCAACAGUUCCGUCCGCGAGUCCAGAAGACCAUCGACUGCGACGGUGGCCAUAUCCAGACGUUUUUUAACAAAAAU